ACAAAAUAUAGAAAGUGAAGAAAAUAUGUACUUUAUUUUUGUACUUUAAUGUUAUUUUCUUUGUUUUUACAUUUCUAAACCUGAAGAUCUUUAUCUUUUAAAGAGGUAAUGGGCAUGCUUUAAACUCAUUUUGGCAGAAACUAAAAAUCUGAACAAGAAAUUGAUCAUGGCUGUUGUUGAAAAUGCUGGGUUUAAUGUUGAUAACUCGUUGAAUCGGACUGAGUCACUCGUUCAAACGGACCUCGAUCAGUCCAAAUCUAACGGCAACGGCGCCGGAGCCCUCAGUCUCCGGUCAACUGAUCGGAGUAAUGGGGGUUUUGAAGCUGAGCUGAAGAGUUCAGCUAAGGAGCUGAGUCAUAAGAUUAAUGGCGAUGGUGGGCCCCACCAGAUGAAUGCUGGGGAUGAUUUGAGGAUGAAUAAUCAUCAUGAUGAUGAUGAUGGGGGAGAGGGGUUUAAGAAAGAGAUGAGAGAUUUGCAAGAAAUGUUGUCGAAAUUGAACCCGAUGGCUCAAGAGUUUGUGCCCCCUUCUUUUGUUAAUAAUUAUGGCCCAAUUUUACACAACUCAGCACCUCACUUUGGUUUUAUUGCUGAUGGUAACUUUUUGGUGCAUCCUAACUCUCCUGUUGCAGCUGGGGGAAAUUCCGCGAGACGGAAGAAGAUCGGGAAUAACAAUGGGAAACGAAGGAUGAAUAGUCGAACUAGUAUGGCUCAGAGGGAAGAGGUUAUCAAGAGGACUGUUUAUGUUUCUGACAUUGAUCAUCAGGUUACUGAAGAGCAACUUGCAGCUCUCUUUAUUAGCUGCGGGCAGGUUGUUGAUUGUCGUAUCUGCGGUGACCCAAAUUCUGUUCUCCGGUUUGCAUUUGUCGAGUUCACUGAUGAGGAAGGUGCAAGAAAUGCUUUAAGUCUUGCAGGGACAAUGCUUGGUUUUUACCCAGUGAGGGUGCUGCCCUCGAAAACGGCAAUUGCACCUGUCAACCCUACAUUUUUACCCAGGUCUGAAGAUGAAAGGGAGAUGUGCGCAAGGACAAUUUACUGUACCAAUAUAGACAAGAAGGUUACUCAAGCAGAUGUCAAGCUCUUUUUUGAGACCGUCUGUGGAGAGGUUCUUCGCUUGAGGCUGCUUGGAGAUUAUCAUCAUUCAACUCGUAUUGCAUUUGUGGAGUUUGUGAUGGCUGAGAGUGCAAUUGCAGCCCUUAACUGUAGCGGUGUUGUCAUGGGAUCAUUGCCAAUAAGGAUAAGUCCAUCAAAGACACCUGUCAGGCAACGCAUUUCCCGCCCUGCUGCACACUGAGUUGCAAUCUAAACCAAUUUUCUGCUGAUGAUAUCUACAUAUAUAUAUACAUAGAUAUGGAGAUAGUUUAAGGUACAUUUGUCCAUUGCCACGUCCAGUAUCUCCAUGUAAUAGAGCUCUUUAUGAAGUUUGUUCAACAUGUAGAGUUGGAUGGGAUUUCAAGGCAAAACCUGGCAUGGAUUUGCUGCAUGUUAAGCUAAAUUUGGUAGGCUUUAUCUCAAAGUGUUAUGCUUUUGGAUUUCUAACACGAAACUCUUUGGAAGUCUAUGUUCAUGGGAUUUUACCAAA